UUAAGACGUGCAUUGGCUGCUUUAAAAAAAAGAACAAAACAAAAAUAACACGUACACAGUUUCCAAAAUACGAAACGGCACUGUGUGGUACGCACACAGCGAGUUGAAUUGGUUUAGUUGAUUGAAUGCAAUAGCUGAACAAAGUUCAGAUCCACGUGUUGCGUUCAAAUUUGCGUUUGUGAUUGAACAAAGUGUAUGGUGGAUAAAUUGUCGGGUAUCAUUUUGCAUAUACAAUGUGACCAAGACGACGUGACAUAAACAUCGAAGAGAAAACCAAAUAAACAUGAAGGAUAUUCCAUUUCCCACGCAUUUUUCCAGCUUAUUUUUGGUCGAACCAACAUACGAACUCUAGUCACUGCAUCUGAUAUUUACUUCAAAUCAAUUUUUAUAUCUAUCAAAAACAGAACACUUUUCGUUCUAGACAACAACAACAAUAACGACAACAACAACAACAAAAUAAUACAAAUAAAUUUUUAGCUGCAAUUUAACUAUGCGGUCGCUGGAUAUCAUUUGUGCGAUAAUACUGUUCAAAAUAAAAGUGAUAACAAUGACACCGCAAUCAACAAUCCAAACGCCAUACACAUUCCAGGAGGGCUAUGACAAAAAUUCAAGACCGAGUACCUCGACAACAGAUGUAACUAUAGGCUUAUAUUUGAACCGUAUAUCAGCUGUAGAUGAGAAUAAUGAAGAGAUUUCAUUUGAUGUAUUUCUACAAGUGAUUUGGGAAGACAAACGAAUACACCACCGUAACAAUACUACCGAUCAAAAAUAUAUCGAAUUGAAAAUUGAAGAGCGUCACAAAAUAUGGGUGCCCGAUCUUUACAUACGACAAUUACGCGAAAUGAAAGUUCUCACACUGUUUGAGGAAAUUUCCAGUUUACGUUUGUACAAAAACAGCACAUUAGUAUUGAGCUUAGGAGCCUCUAUAGCGAUCACAUGUGAUAUGGAUUUUGUAUUGUACCCCCUUGAUGUGCAGAGCUGUCCCGUUGAUUUUAGCAGUUAUAAAUAUUCGAUAAAAGAUAUGAGCUUUCGCUGGAAAAAAGACAAUCCAAUCACAUUUCCAAAGGAUUUUGACGAAGGUUUUUUUCGAUUGCCAAAAUAUGUUGUAUCAUUUUCGACCGAAAUGGAACCAAGUAUUUUGCAUUUUAAUGAUGUGGAUCACUUUUCUGCACGUUUACAAAUCACAUUAUCGCGUGAAGUUAAAAGUUAUUUAUUGGAAAACUAUCUGCCAUCAACAUUAUUUGUCCUAAUAAGUUGGGGCAGUUUUGUCGUAGUUCCCGAAAUUGUUCCAGGCCGUAUGGUCCUUUUAGUCACAACGCUUCUCUCAUUAGUCACAAUGUUCGAUACGGUGAGAAAUAAUUCACCAAAUGCAUUGGAAUUAAAGUGUAUUGAGGUGUGGCUAAUAUCAUGCACAUUGUUUGUGUUUUUGGCAUUGAUGGAAUAUUUCAUUGUGUUAUUUGGUAUUCGGUACGACAAACAUUGGCGUAAACCAAAACCAAAAACACCGGCAUCCGUUCCGUCACAUAAUCAAACAACUGCACCAUCAACAGCAACAACAAAUCUAUCAUCGGAAAACGAUCGAAAACCUGCAUUGGAACAUGCAGCUCGUGCAUUUUCAACCAUGAAUAAAAUAACGCCAGAAACACGAGCCAAAUUUUCAACGAUGGCUGCUAAAAGACGCGAAGAGGCACUAAUAAAUGAAGCAAAUUGCAUACCUCCGCCAUCGUCACUGAAUCAAUCGUCGUUGUUUGGCAAUCGCCGAAGGUUUCGGAGCGUGGCAGAAAAUUUGGUUUUAUAUGUAGGCUCUCAGCACGGGCGCCUCGAUCAAAUCUCAUUGAUUCUUUUUCCAAUGACAUUUCUUCUGUUCACAAUAACCUAUUGGAUCAUCUAUUUAAAUGAAUCAAAACGACAAACCAUUUGAUAGAGACAAUCAAUACGUUAAUCGAUUUGAUUUUAUAUACUGUACAAUGCCGAUUUUAUUUUUCUACAUAACACACACACAC